CCUAUUCCCCCUGUAGAAGAAGAGGAACAGAUGUAUGCUACAUCGCUUGGCUUUUAGGGAACCCACACUGUGACGACGGCUUUCAGUUCCGGGAAACUUGCGGCAUAGAAUAAGAAGCCGCGACGGGAUAUCCGCCUUUGCCUUUCAUCACGUCAGCUCUCUGGUGCCGGGGCUUUUCAACUAAGCGUCGCGACGGCUACACUUACAGUGAAGACUUCGCACUUCCCCAACUACGUUCGUGAACGACACUCCAAGAAAGAAUGCCCUCCCCACGUCCAGUACUCUGCCAGAAGAGCCCACGCCACGACAGUCUUACAACGAGAGUGGUCGUGGUGCUCAUGCUCGUUGCCGUAUGUCAGGGCAAAAGUGGGAAGCUCGGAGUUGUUCGCGUGAUGAGAAACGAGACUUUUUCAUUUUGCCUCAAGUAUUUCCCUUCGUUCAAGGCGCUGCCAGAGGAUAAGUCGGAAGCGGAGGCCCGACAGCUCGUGGACAUGACGGCUCAGAAUGGGUGCCUGCCACUGCGUAAGAUCAACCUGACCGACAAAGUGGCGCUCAUUCGGGACUUGGGACAGUGUCCACUCGAGACUGUUGCCAAGAACUUCCGCGAGGUCAAGGCCUAUGGUCUAGUUGUAGGCCUCUCCGGCAGCAAACUUGACGACGUUGUCUAUGACAGGCAAUCACCUGAGCCUCUCGACAUUGUUGUCGGGUUUGUCAACAGAAGAAGUUUAGGAAAGUUGAUGAAACUGAUGACGCCGAAGGAACCGCUGCUUACUCAGCUCUUUACAAAGGAGCCUGAGGUCGACAAAGGGCUCCUCAUCGUUUGGUCGAUCGCUACAUUCAGCGUUGCCAUGGGCGCCUUGUGGGCAGGAGUCAUCAGUCACCAGCUUUACCGCUACCAGGCCUACAAGGCGAGCCGGCCCGCGGCUGCCGCGGAGGAAUCCCAGCACGAGGGCCGACGAGCGAGCGUCGACGAAAACGGCGAGGUGAUGAAGAAGCCCGAAGAGAUCGACAUUGAGGAGGACAUCGACCUGCAGUUUACACCCAAGGCUAUGGUCUUAUUUGUCGCCUUCAUGUGCGGCGCGUUGAUCGUGCUCUACCUCUUCAUCCAGUAUCUCGUGUACGUGAUCAUUGGCAUGUUCGUGCUCGCGUCGACAGUUGCUCUCAUCGGAGUUCUUGAACCCUUGUUCUACAUGCUGCCUUUUGGCACGGCAAGGCUGCCAAACUACGCAUUCCCCUGCUUCUACGGCUCACUGGAAGUGCGCCAGGUGUUCCUGAUCCUGUUUUCCAUUGGCCUGGCCUUUUCGUGGGUCGUCAUCCGCCACAACUCUAAAUCUUGGCUGCUCCAGGAUUUCUUGGGCGUCGUAUUCAGCAUCUACAUGAUCAAAACCUUGCGCCUGCCUAACCUCAUGGUUAUCUGCGUUCUGUUGGUCUUGCUUUUUUUUUACGAUAUUUUCUUCGUAUUCGUCACACCAUACCUGGUUCCGAAAUCAACGCCACACAACCAGACAGGCAGUUUCGCCAAGUCAUCAGGUAAAGGAGACAGCAUUAUGGUGGAAGUGGCCCGAGGCGGCGGCAGCGACGAGCAGAUACCAAUGGUUAUGCGGGUGCCGCAUUUGAGCAACGAGGACAUCGGCGCUUGCUUCGGGGAGUACUCUGUGCUCGGAUUCGGCGACAUCCUCAUUCCCGGUUUUCUCGUGGCGUACGUGCACAGCUUCGACUUGAUAGCGUCCCAGGGUUGCCUCUAUUACGUGACUAGCGUAACCGCCUACGGCGCCGGUCUCGUAGUCACGUUCAUCGGCCUCUACGUAAUGAAGAUGGCCCAGCCCGCCCUGCUGUACCUCGUUCCCGCGACGUUGAUUCCUGUCAUUCUCGUCGCGUGGUGCCGCGGGGAGCUUCGGGAAAUCUGGUACGGAAUCAAGCUUGAGACGCCUUUCCCCUCCGAGGAGGAACCGGAGCCCCCCGCAGACUCGUUCAAGAGGAGGCGCUCCCAGGACGACGAGGCGCAGCGUGGCCCUCCGCGUCCCGCGGCAGCCGCCGCCACCGAGCCGCCUCCGCAACUCCCCGUCCCGCCGCAGCGGUCCGCCCUGUUCCCCGUGCACCGCUUCGCGCAACCCGCGCCGCACGUGCCAGCAUCGCCGUUGUUUCACGUGCCUGCGCGAUACUUCUGAACAAUAUGUAGGCUCACUAAGCGAGAAAACACGUCUGACCUUGACCUAUACCGGCACGUGCUUGCAUACGUGCGUAUUUGAGCGUUGAUAUUGUAACUUAAGCAGCCAUUUCUAGACGGCGUCGCGUACUAAAGUGAUUUCGAGAACAUCCGUCUACAAAGCACCGCCAUACUCGUCUUUCUUUUGCUAAUCUCAUCGCACAACAGUGUUUUUUCGUCGUGUAUAAAAUAAAAAAAGCCUAUAGAACCCAUCCCACGAUAAAUGACAUGGCCGUUAAUGCGAUUCACAUGAAGCAAGGGGGAGACACACCGUAAUGCCAACGCCUAAACGUGUGUACCAGCCGGGCUCCUCUCUCGCACUUCCCACUGCACACGCUGCGCCAUCUAGCGGAGCCACAAUAAAGCCCGCGCGUGGCGCGGCUUCGAGUCUGCCGAGCAUCGAAUAAGUUGAGAGGAUAUUUUUUUUGUCUUUGUAGAGCGGCAUAUACCCAGUGGCACACACCUACUCGCCCAAGUAGGCGUCAGAGAGGUGCACUGAAGAGCGGCACAGACCGAGUGGCCCACAACCAAUGCUCCAAGCCGGCGUCGAAGAGGUGCACUGAUGAGCGGCACAUAACUCAGCAGCACAUAUCCACUGCCGCAUUCCCAGUGACCCAUGUAUAGGCGUCAAAGAGGUUCGCUGAAGAGCGGCACGUAAGUGCAUGGUGCCACAUAGAUCAAAAAGACCAGUUGUAGCCCAUUAAGUAUGCUACAGGUUUGCUUAUGUAUACUAACAAUAAACAGGCUUAAUAUGUAUAUUAGUCCAUGCACACAGCAGUCCAAUGGGUAGUACAUACAUUUUUUAUGCGAUUUGGCACGCCUUCGCUGAGAGCGCACUACAACUUCUUUCAUUGUGGCUCAGCUCUGCUGCGGGCUAACCGCAUAUCGUUUCAUGAGAGCAGGUUAGUGUUUCACGUUUACCACAAAUUAAUGAUAUAGCGCCAUUUACAGUGCAUAAUUAGGUCUCGACACUUUUGUGUAUUCUGUUCACUAUAGUUCUAUAGCUUAGAUUCGGGCUGCAUACUGUAGUAUUUUGUAUGUUUUAAGCAGUUACGUUUAUUUGUAACGUUUUGGCAACUGUAUGACAUUAUAUAUUAGAGGUGAAAUGAG